UAAUAAUCUUGACCAAUAACUUCUUUUUCCUAAUGGGUGACUCUAAGCUACAAUGUCGAUCUUUGAUUAUGUGUGGGUCAGGGUUGGAGAUUUUGCCGAACGGAAUUUCGCUACCGACAGACUACACGGGCCGCAGUACUGGGGAGGCUUACGUUCAAUUUGUUAACAAAGAUGUUGCGGAGCGCGCUCUGCAGAAACACAAGGAAAAGAUAGGACACAGAUAUAUCGAGAUCUUCCGAAGCAGCUUGUCCGAGGUACGCGCUAGUAUCGGGCCGAAAAUGCGCGGCGGUCCCAUGGGCGGCUUCAAUCAGAGGCCCGCGCCGUACACUCGUGGCGAUCGUUUCGGCGGGAUGAAUCGCUUUAGCAACAACGGCCGAGGAUCCAGAAAUAGAGACUUCGAUAACGGUCCGUGGGGCGGCGGGAACAACUACGGGUCGCGCGGCGGCAACAUGGGAAUACGCGGCAGCAUGGACAUGAAGGGCGGCAAUUACAGGGGCAACAAUGACUCCUGGGGAGGUAAUUCCGGCGUGUACAGUAUCCAUAUGCGAGGACUGCCGUUCAAGGCGACAGAACAGGACAUAGCUGAUUUCUUCAGACCAAUCGAACCGGUGAACGUCCGUAUUAUCCUCGAGAACGGCGGACGUCCAUCGGGAGAGGCUGACGUGGAAUUCGCGACUCACGAAGAAGCCCUGAAAGCAAUGUGCAAGGAUAAAAGCCACAUGUCGCACAGAUAUAUUGAACUGUUCAUGAACUCAACCGGCGGUUCGAGUAGUAUGUCACUGAGCGGCAUCGGCAAUUUCUGUGGAGGUUUAGGUAAUAACUUCAGGCCAGGAUACUCGCCGAACAACAGGGGAUUCAACUCACAGUUGGGCGGCAAUAAUUACAAUAGUUUUUGAGAUCGGCCAAUGCGUUUCUAACGCUAAACGAUGGAACGGAAAAAAAUCAAAGUGAUUGGUGUUUAAAAGACACUUUUAAUCCCGGUUUUCACCAACGUUAUAUUUUGAUCUUAGAAAUCUUCUUUUGUCUCUUUUUAAGCGCAAUAUUAGAAAGAUGCACAAGAUAAAUUAAACCAACGAUAAGGUCAAAGUUGAACCAACGUUGGUGAAAACUGGCGUAAAUCAUGCAAUAUGAAUAGUUUAUUUUUCUUUUUUUCCUUUUCCUAGUUUGAAUUAUAUAUUAAAUAUCUGCUCGUAAGGAAAAUCUUUAGUGUGCAAGUUGCUUAUUUUUUGUUUUUAUAAUGUACACGUGAUAAUUUACAUAAAAUAUGUAAUUGUUCACGAGUGAACCUAAAGAUGGAAAAGUGACAAUUUCCGCCUUUAUCUUCGACAACGUAUCUUUUCUUUAAACUGAGCGCAAUGUCAACAGACAAUCGUACGUCGUCGAGAUGAGAUGCAAAGGGAAUUUUUCAAGGGAUACGUCGGGAAAGGGCGUACAUCUUUCGUUCAGAUGCUAUUAUAAAGGCGAAAGAAUGAGUCAUCCUUGUUUUUUCCCCCGUGACGACGUACAUAUCUUCUGAUCGGAUAUCAAAUGAUUAGAAUUAUAAUUUUAUAUGAUACAUAAACAUGUUAUAUGUCGUAACGGCUUUGAUGCGAGCUUAGAUAAUCGUCAAUAUGCGUCGAGACGUAGCAACGAGCUGUAAAGCGCGAAAUGUACGGUUGUAAUAUACACGAACUGACUAGUAGCUCGCGAUCGCGCCCCCAUUGUAUCGUCUUAUGGUAUUGUAACUUGCAGGAUCCUAAGUCAGAGAGUCCACUCAUCUUUCAUCGUAACGCGUGAUGUAUUAUAUGACUACGUAUUGUGUAAUCUCGAAAUAAGAUUUGUAGUUUUCAUUCAUGAUGUAAGUGUUUGCGAGCCGCGUGAAGGCGAUCUCGGCAAAUAUCUUGUGUAUACCUUAACGCAUAAGUAUAGUUUCGGUUUACAUUCGUUGAGAGGUUUGAAUAAGAAGAAAAGAGGGAACGCAAUGGCAGGAAUAUAUGUAAAAUCGUGCGUGAUUCCUCGGACCGAAACAAUACGAACGUGAAUAAGUUAGACCCGCCAUCUAAAUCGGAUCGUUCAGCUUUGAGAAGUAAACGCUAACCGAAUAAAUCUAACUUGUUUAUAUUUGUAUUGUUACAUAUUCUUGGCCUAUGUAAUAUAUUCUUAGAAUAAAAUCUCGUCAAAGAUCCUGUA